AUGGGAUCCUACCAAACAGAACCAGCAACGAAUGCAAUUAACAAUAUCAAACCGCUGCUUUGCAGUGAAGAAGAGCUGAGGCAAAUGGCUUCGAUCUUCCAAACUCCCUUUCAGCUCUAUGACAAGGAAUCAAUUUUAAAAGGCGCAAGAAUUUUCAAUGAAAGCUUCGCAUGGACUCGGUCACUUACUGGUAUGAGCUUCAAGAACCAUUUCGCGAUAAAAGCAACACCGACUCCAAAGAUUCUGAAAAUUCUUAAUGAAGAGUGUGGCAUGGGUAUGGACUGCUGUUCCUUAGGAGAACUUCUUCUCUGUGAGAAACUGGGAAUUAAAGGUGAAGAUAUCAUCUUCACUUCUAACGACACACAGUUCGAAGAAUAUAGGAAGGCCUUUGAACUUGGAGCCAUUAUCAACCUGGACGACUUUUCGCAGAUUGACAACCUCAAGAAGGCAUUGGGUGGUAUAAUGCCUGACAUAGUGUCAUUCCGUUUUAAUCCUGGUCCGCACUGUACUCUGCCUAGUAACGAGGUGAUUGGUAACCCUGACCAAGCAAAGUUUGGCCUCACGAAAGCUCAGCUUUUCUCAGCCUACAGGAAGUGCAAGGAAUAUGGCGUAAAGCGCUUUGGGUUGCACACCAUGAUCAAGUGCUACUGCCUUGAUGUCUUGGAGCUUGCAAAAAUUUCGCAGAUGAUGUUUCAGCUGGCCGUUGAAAUUUACCAGCAGACAGGUGUUAGCCUUGAAUUCGUCGACAUGGGCGGUGGGAUAGGCGUUAAGUAUCGCCCUGAACAACAAACCGUCAACUUGGGAGACCUGGGAUAUCGAGUGAAGGAUUUAUAUGAAGAAAUCGUGCUGCCCUGCCACGGUCUGCAUCCUUUACAGAUCAAGUACGAGUGUGGAGCACUGGUGACCGCUGAACAUGGUUGUCUUAUUUCACGAGUGAUCAACAUGAAAGACACGUACAAACGCUUUCUCGGUCUGGAUUCAUCUAUGGCUGAUCUCAUCCUUCAAGGGGAGUGCGAAGAUUAUCGUGAUAUCACGAUUGUCAAAGAUCAGUCUUUUCCAAGCCAUGUCAGAAAGAAUCUACCUGAUUACAAAACGGUGAUCGAAGACCCUUCCUACGCAUCUCCGCUCUUUGAAGGAAACAAGAGAGAGAGAAUGUUCGAUGUCGUGGGUUCAAUUUGCAUGAACAAGGACAAAUUUGCUAUCGACCAAGUGCUAAAUUUGAAUCCUCAAAUUGGCGACCUGUGCAUCAUCCACGAUACAGGAGCUUAUGGGGGUUCAUCAAUGGCUUUUAACUUCAAUGCCAAACUUCAACACGCCGAAAUCUUGCGUGUUGCUCCCAGUCGUUAUGAAAUGAUUCGUCGACCCCAAACGUACGAUGACCACUUUGCGACCAUGAUAUUUCCUUAA